CACUGCCAUUGUUUGCCGCCUUGAACUGCGCCCAUGACUCUCGAGCUUCAUCGUUCGCGCUGCACCACUAUCUCGAAGGACUCCAAGUGAUCAUCUCUGACACCUCUCACGUAUUCUCGACGAGCGCCUUUGCGCAUAGUAAUCCGCGCCGCCUCGAAUAAGUCGACCUAGGCUUCGGUGAGAAUCUCACCAGCCCCGAACCGCACGAAAAAGAGCCAACCAGGCCCCUCCGCGAACAAAAGUCACUCGCUCACCUCCUUCACCUCGUUCCUGCUGCAUCAGCUCGAUCUCCUGAGUUUCCAAGCUAUCCAAGACUCAUACUCUCCGUCCUUAGAUCCUUGACGGCUGCGGCAGUAAACUGUGGUAAAGAGAUGGCGUGAGGUUGGCGCAGGUGCUGGAACAUUUCGCACAGCGCAGCUGGAGUUUACAAGAAUGGCGUCGACCCAGGAUGAAGAUAUGUAUCUGUUUGGAGGAAGUACGAGUCCAACGUCAGCUUUCGCAGGGCAAGAAUUCGACGCAUUCUUGACACCUACAGCACCUGAGAUCGAUGACUCGACCGGCGCCGCUGACGGAUACCUCAACCCUAACGACCUGUCUAUCAAGCGUGAGUUCAGCGACUACAGUCCGUUACCGGGAGGUAACUCCUUCUCGCGCUCGCCUCGAGGAUCUGGCUCGGCCUCCAGCAGUUCGUCCUCGGAGUACCGUAACGCUCAGAAACGUAAUGUUUCUGCUGCUUCAACCGCUUCUCCUCCGCCGCAUAAUCCAGGACAAGGAUCUUGGGGCAGUGGGAUCAACGGUUUCUCGAUCUCGAAUGAGCAGGUUUUCGAAGACGCGACUAUGGCGGGCCUGGAUCAAGAUUUCGAGGCCAGCAACCAACAGAUGGCCUCUGCUUUUGACUUCGAAACAGCUGCAAGCACACCGAGCGGUUUUGACACCAUGAGCGCCGGUACCGUCAAGGGCGCAACAAUGCGCGCAAUGAAUAGACAGGGAAAUUUCAUGCCCUUCACCAAACAGAACCCGACCGCUCCAUUUCCAACUAACGGACAGGCCCAGUUCUUCUUUGCUGGUUCGAGAGAAGCCUCGCCAUUAAAUGCCAUGCUUCCCUCCGCACAGGGUCAGUCCCCAUGGAGUAAACACUCGCCAUCAUCGGGCCUCGAGGAGACGUUCAACCACAUCACGAUGAAUGGAGACUCGCCUGGAAACGCGGUUUUUUCUCCAAACAUGCAGUUCUCGGGCACUGGGUUUACCUUCGACCCCGAGUCCAGUGCGACACCUUCGACCUUUACGAAAGAUGUCUCUUCCCCUCCAUCGACGGCCACCUCUGCGGAUGGUGUCCCUCUACUGACUGUGCACCCUACUUCCCUGAAGUCCAGAGUCGAGACACAGAUACCCAUCAAAUUGACCCUGUCCGCACUUCCCCCUGGGGCCAAGAAGGUGAGGCUACCGAGGCACACUGUUUCAAAGCCCAAAUUUCUGGCCAAACCGGAAGUUGAGCGGUCCGCCGAGGUUUUGGAACUCCACACGUCCUUGGUUUGUACGAGCGCCAUGCAAGAUCCCGUCAAGUUGCAAAGGGCUUGGGCGCGCGCCAGAGGUGAAGACUUGGCAGCUUACACUCGGCCUAGCCCUGCUUCGUCAAAUGAAUCGUCCACGUCAAAGGACGAUGACGAUAGACCGCUGAAUGGCGGAGAAGUCAACAUCUGUCCGGGAUGUAUACAACGUGAGAGGAAGAGAGCUUCGAGAAAGAAGCAAAAGAAGCCUGAAGAGGAGGAGAUGUUUCAAAAGGACGAAGAGAGAAGAGUGGUCGUCUUCAACACGAAUGAAGUGAAGGAGUGGGUUGAAGUCCCUCGUGAUGGUCAAGCUGAACUUCUACGCAACGCCACGCCGCCCAGUGCUGUGCAAGUCGAGCUGCCUAUGCGGAUUGCCUGUUAUUGUCGCCAUCAAAACGAGAAGAUGGGUUUCCAGGUCAUUUUCACCCUCAAGGAUUACAAAGAGAAGGUUAUUGCUCAGGCCAUGACAAACCCCAUCAUGAUCACAGAUGACCACAAAACGCACAAUGCGCCUGCUGCUGCAUCGCAUCCUCCUGCGCCGAUGCCAGCCACUGCGCCUCAAGUCCCAGGUGCUGGGGUCUUCGCAACCUCAAGCACCGAUCAAGCUCAAACUUCGGCGGCCAACUCUAAGUCUUUCAAGCAGUCCUUUUCCACUACUGAUCUGCACGGCCUGCAAAACAAUUUCAAUCCCAGUUUCCCCAUGGUGCCAGCAUCGAAUCCCUUUGCCAUCCCGUCGGCCAUAUCGCACCAAACCUCCAGUACUCUGACUCCGAGAAACCUCUCCAGACCCGCUUCUCCUAGUGGCCCAGCGGGCCCGACUACCAAGAGGAGGAAGCAGAGUGGCUCUGGCAAACUUCCAUCGGCCCUGACGAUGACGCGCCUGGACACCGGUCAGCAAAUGCAGGCCGGACCCUCAACAAUGCCCAAUACUGCUGCUUCUUCGCCGUAUCCCCAGAAUAUGGCAUCCUAUAUGGGCCCUAAUGACCGACAAUUUGUCGUGCCUCCCUCGCGUUCGGGCCCUUUUGGUACGAGCCCUCCUACGCCCAGUGGCCACGAUCCUUCCUUUGCCUCGAACAUAAAUCGCUCUUUCAGUCUAGAAAAUCUCCCUCGCAACCUAAUUUCUGCUCCACCAUCCCGCCAACCGAGUCGGCCUGGGAGUCCGGGCUCAGCAAGGAAUAGCUUUGGCGCGUCUGAUGCUGCUUUCGGCCAAGCUGUUAGCAAUCAGCUCAUGGGGCAGCCUAGUCGGCGGCCCCCUCCUUUGAUACACAAGCUGGUCCCUGCAGAAGGCUCUGUGACAGGUGGCACAGAAGUGACCCUACUUGGAAACGGUUUCUAUCAGGGCCUUGAAGUCAUGUUCGGUGAUACUGAGGCUACGACCACCACUUUCUGGGGUGAGAAAUGUCUGAACUGUAUCGCGCCUCCAGCUUUACAGCCAGGAGUUGUUGCUGUUGCUUUCAAACACGAUCAUCCGCAAUAUUCCGCACUGCAACAGCAGUCGCAGACACGACCGUCUCUUUUCACCUAUGUCGAUGACCGUGAGUUGGAGAUGUUCCGCCUGGCGUUGAGGACUCUUGGCAAACAAUUGCAACACCCCACAGACGACCCAUACUCAGCUGCGCAGCAGCUUCUUCAGAGCCAGUCACAUUCCAUGUGGCCUUCUCAUGCAGGUUAUGGUAUGGGUGGAGGACAUCAACGCAAUGCCGGCUUCGCUGGCGGUGUACCCAUGGACACGCUUGAACUCGAGGUCCUGAUGCUACAGAUGCUUGAACACAUGGACGAACAAAGGCACAUUAAAGCUCCGAAAUUCAAUCUCCGCCGGCCCUCUGGGCUCACGUUACUGCAUCUCGCCUCUUCAUUGGGUCUGACUCGCUUUGUUGCGAGUCUCCUGGCGAGGGGCGCGGAUCCGAACGUAGUCGACAACAAUGGCCACACCCCUAUGCACCACGCUUCGAUGAACGGGCACACGCACGUAAUACACCGACUGCGCUUGGCUGGUGCCAAUCACAAGGCACGCAGCAUCCGCCUAUUUACUCCUGCAGACCUGGCAACAUCAUUGCUCGCUUAUCAGGCCACUAUGAAUCGGAUUGACCACUAUCGCUCACGCAGCGCCGGAGGCACUCCAAUGCGCCUACACAGCAGAAGCUCCUCCUCUCUACGGUCAUUCUGGGAUAACGAUUCCAGCCAAUACCCUACUACCGACUCUGACGAUGACUCUAAUCUCGAAGGCGACGCCUCAAUAGAGGGGCUCCCCAAAGAGCUCGGCGCAACUCGGCCGCUCAGUCAAGCCAACCUCAGUAAAGCCGUGGCUAGUGUUCCCGGCUCCCGGAGAAACAGUGCACACCAUAUUCCAGCUCAAAAGCCAAUGAUAUCGCAAAGCGGAGUGGCGGACGCAGCGCCAAAUGCAGCACCGUCAGCUUAUAUGUUGGCAUGGCGCGACCAUCUGGUAGCUCAGUUGCACCAAUUUAAUGAGAGUGCUCAGUCGUUCAUGCCCACUCUGGGAAUCAAUGGGCCCCUCGCAGCUUUGCAAGACUACCAGGCGUAUCCUAUGGUUCGCCGAGUGAGCUCACUUUUCCCACAGCGUCCAAGCUCAAGACAGCAGACCAGCUCACGAGAGGGCUGGUGGGAGACCUUAACAGGAUCAUCGUCGCCCACGCCGUCAUCACCUCCCGCGUAUGGCGAUCUUUAUCCGGACGACGCCGGCAGCCACGGGGAUUGGAGCCUCAAAAAGUCCUCUGCUCUUGAAGCUGCCGCAGACGCAGCGGCAGAUCUUCACUUUGGGAGCCAUGCAGAUGGCCAGCGUUCAGAAGCGUCAUCAUCCGCUGCUACUCCUGCGUUACCGGUGAGAAAGGCUGUCGAAAGAGUCGAAUUGAGCCGAGAUAGGAAGUUGUUCUUCUUUUGGAUUCCACUGCUUGCAAUUGUACUAGCUUUAAUGAUCAGGAGCUCUGGUAUCUUGAGCAUUUUUGGGUCUUCGAGCAACCAAACCCCGUUGGGUGGACAAGCUGUCGAGGUUGGAUAAGCAGCAUUGAGUCUUAUGUGUUUUCAAGACCCAGCGAGGUGCUGGGUAGGAUCUACGACUUGAAACGAACUGCCUAAGGCGGGACGAUAAUUUGCGAUUCUCGUGUAUGGGAUUAUAUAAUAUCUGCCUAUCAAAGGCAUCUUUAAAAUAGGUGGCAUCACCCGCUUUAGCCUCAUGAAGCU